CAUGCUGAACAGACGACUUUUAGGACUAAUUUGUAGCUAUAAAAGGGUUGGAACGGUUGAUAGAUUAAAGAAUAAUGCGGAGAAGGUUAUCAAAUAUCCUACAAGGGAAAAUCUGGAAUUUAGAACUAUGAGAAAGGGUGAAGAAGGUAGCGUUGCACAACUAUUUGUGAAAGGAUUUGUAAAGAAUUUGUCAUACAUUACGUCUAAGGAGGAAUUUCCUAGUCUUGAGAAAUUUUACAAAAAGUCCUUUGAAUAUGAUGAAGAAAAUAGGAAGAAUUUUUUAGUAGCCUACCACACAGUUGAAAAACGAAUAAUUGCAAUUUGUAGAAUACGAGAUUCAAACAGGGUCGAGAAAAAUUUACCAAUUUCAGUGAUGUUUAAAAUGUUGUCGGCGAAAACCGUCCUGGGAUUACUCUGUACAUUUGGUUCAUUCGAUUUAUUGAAUAAGCAGAUUGUUGAGAACGAACAGAUCAUAGAAUUUCUUACCGUUUGCGGCAAGCAUAAAGGUAAAGAUUUAGGAAGAACUAUGAUGCAAUGUAUGGAAAGUGUGGGUAAGGAAAGGAAUGCUAGCAAACUAUCCAUGGUCGUUCACGCAGAGGAAGAAAGAGCUCUUAAAAUGUACGAAAGUGAAGGAUACAAAAUAACUCACAUUAUACACAGUUUAAAGUCUGUAACAUUUGGUAAUAAGGUCAGCUUUAAGAUGGAGAAGGCAAUUUAG